AAAAUCUAAGACAUGACAAUGGUGCGUAUCUGGGCGAAUAAGGAGGAUACGCCAGUCUAUAUAGAGCACAUCGCCGACUCCGUGUACUCAUUGGUACAUCUUUCACUUUUGGAUGUUCUACGAUUUUGGACUCUGUGCAGUGGUAGAUUUUGAGGAUGUACCGCCAUAGGAUUUAUACCUGUUGCACCCCUGUGGCGCCACCAAUGCUUGCUCAUUAAUGCCCCAACUCAGAGAAUAGGGGGAUUUGAAAUGAACGUGUUGCUUAAAAUUUAAAAGAACAACCAAUUACAUGGAUUCUAAAGAAAAGAAGAAGAAGAAAAGUAGCUCCAAGGACAAGAAGCGAAGACACAGCUCAAGUUCCUCGCAGGGCAAAAUGGGAUCUAAGAAAGUGGUCAGCUCGCUGGAAGACUGUAUGAUAUGGAUACAGCAGGAACAGAAAAAUUUACGGGAAGCUGCUUUUGGUAAUACUUUAGUGGCAUUAAAAGAGGAGACAGAGAAGCAGAGGAAGAAACAUGCACUGAUCACAGAGUUCAAAGGAUUUAUGGAGAAAAUUAGGUCAAAAAAGUACACUGAAGAAGAAGUUGGCAACAUGGACACUGCGUAUGAUUCUCUUCUGACUCUUUCACUAGAGAGACAAAAAUGUUUGGAGUCAUUGACGAAAAUAGUAGAAAUAGAAGAAUUAUUUCAGAAAGUAUCAGCAGAAGUGGAUACAAGAGCCUUGGAGUUAGUAUCACAACAACAGGAGGUGAAUGAGCAGAUACUUUACGAUGCUAAUACCGCGAAAACAUACCAGUCCUGCAUGGGUGCAGUUAAGAAGAGCUGGAGCUGGUUGUCUGAUCUUACCUGGUGUAUGGAGGUGCAUGAGUCACAUGCUGCAGAAUAUCACAAAUUUUUUCAUGAGGUUAAGCACUACGAAGAUAGCUUGGCACAAUUCAUCAGCGAGAUGUCAAAAUCAACCAGGGAAAAAUAUGCAAAACAAAACAAGAAUGUGCAACAACAAAUUCUGGACAUACGCGAAACCACAAGACGUCUUUUAGAACUGCAGACGACAGUGGAAACGCUGUUCGAGCGCAGCGGGACGAUUGUUCCUUUGAAAUGGAGGAAGGAAAUGCCGCCAAACCCACUGAAGAUGAAAGCGCUGGCAGCAUAUGAACACAAAGACUUUGUUGUCGCAGAGGAUGAUGAAGUAACACUCUUGGAUAACACACAUGGGACAAAGUGGAAGGUGCGAAGUGCGUCAGGUGUGGAAAGCAUUGCUCCGGCCAUUCUCUUCUUGAUUCCUUCCCCGGACAGCGAGGCCGUGGACAAGGCUAAUGGUCUUCGCCAAAGGAUGGUUAACAUUUGGGAGCACAGUCUUAGAACGCUUCGCAGUCAGACGCUACGUCUUCUAACGCGGGUGAUCAACGGCGUUGAUUCAUCAGAGCUCGGCGUGCUGAAUCCAGCUCAGACACAAGAUGUUAUGAAAUUGCUGAAAGACUCGCUGAGAAAACUGAGGAUUGACGAACCCGGAGGAGCUGACCUCAGAGACUUCCUCCACAGUAUUCACUCCUUUGCGAAACUGCUCCAAGACUCAAAAGUCGACCAAGACGAAGGUAGACGCCAUUCUGCCACGAAAUUUUUUGUCGAGUGGAAACAAGUCGAGAAAAUGGUAGACACGUUUGAGGAGUUGGCCAUAUAUGCCGAUGACUACACCAACACCGUGGACAAGUCUAGCAAUACCAAGUAUUACCUCUGCUUUGAUGACGAGGGCAAAUUACGUUGGUGCUCUAAUGGGUACAUCGAGAGGAUGAAGCACGUUGAACUCGAUACGGAUAUUCCCCUUACCAUAGAACAUAAUGAGGUACAACUGAUGAUCAUCUUCGAGAAGGCGCAGGAUGAUGACGAAGAACAGCAAUCCGAUAUGAUGACGGUGUCGUCUGCUCUAGAAACGAUUGAGGAGGAGAUGUUCUCGUCUGACUUCAUGCGAGAAUCUCAGACCUUCUCUAUUACUGGUGUGCUGGACCCAAGGACUGAUGAGAUUGUAAGCAUCUUCAGCGCCGUCGCUGAUGGUAUUGUGGACCGUAAGGAUGGAGUAUACCGAAAUCCUGUCACCGGAGAGAGCAUGCCAAUACCAGAGGCAAUGAACAGAGGUUUUAUCAUU